ACCGGGUUUAAACCCGGUGCUUUGGUAAAAACCCAAUAAACACCCAUAAACUCCCAUAAUCACCCAAAAAAAUAGGUUUUUACGUAUUUUUUUGAAAAUAUGUAAGUAAUACCAAUAAAUUAUUUUUAUAAAUUGUAUUGAUCAAUUCUACAAUAUUAAAUAAAACGUUAACUAAUAAUAUUUCAGGAAAUUUUAAAAAUCUAUAUAUAAUAAAAUGAAAGUAAUUAAUUUUCAGUGUUUUCAUGUUGCAGUUGAUCAACAUGUUGGCCUUUUGCUUCCCGUAUAUACUUUAAAAUUUCUUCAUAACACCUCGUUCGCACACAUGGCCGUAUAUAUUUAAAUUCUUGAGCCACUAACAGUCCGAAAUACUCAUUUCUUUUAUCCUCUUCUCCAUAAAUUAAGCAUUUAGAACAGUUUGUUUCUUCUUUCAGUAAAUUUUCUUUUACUUUAUCCUCGUUUUUUUCUUUGUUGCGACGACGCUGGGUAAAUCAUCUGGACACUGGGUCUCACUAUCGCCAAAUAUAUUUGGAGAUCGGCUUCGGCUACGGCUUGGCAGACAUUUUUUUCUUUCUACAAUUUUAAAUUAAAUUUAUUAGAAUAAAUGCUUCGAACACACGCGAUCUAAGUACCUUUUGUGUUUAUUAUACCUUACCUACCUAGGUAUAAAAAGAGUACUUACGUAGAUUUUCUUUUAUUAACUGUUUUAUACGAAGAUCUUGAUCUCUCAAAUUAGCAUCCAUUUUACUUCCAGUGAUUAUCAACUAAAUUAAUAAUCCACAAAGUAUUAAAUAACGUUUUUAUGAAAUAUUUAGCACAAAAACAAUACCCUUUAAAUAUCGAUCGUCAGUAACUGUGGCUGACUUACCUAUAUUCUAGCAAGCAGGACUGCCAGAUGUGAAGGGGAAAUCCCCAAUAAAUUGUUGCAUGUGACUGAUGAUGUGAGCAUGUUCGUUUCAUAAUAAAAAUGUUGCCAGGUAACCAAAAAGUCGUAUGUUUUUGUGCGAAUUACGAUCAUAAUCUUUACGAUCGUACAUUAAAAAAUAGACAAAUAAUAGUAUGAGUACGAUUUAAAUCGUAUAUCUGUCAACCCUGCUAGCAAGACAGCGACAAAAUCACGUUGCAUAACAAUGUAGCCCAAGCUUAUAUCUUAUGAAAUAUACGGAAGAGAUACGGACUUAGAAAAAACAGAAAUGUUGUUCUUUGUGGAAGUCAUUGAUGAAAUUCUAUGUAUUUUAGCCCGCAAACUUUCUUCAAACAAAAACAGCGCCAUCUAGUAUCGAGUUCUGUAAUUAUCUCUUUGUUUAUGGAUUUGAAGUAAGACCGCCACGCAUGCAAUACAUUAUGACUGGGGAUUCCCCUAUUCGUCGACGCUGAAUAUGAGGCGACGACAAUCACUGUCAAACGUGUUCACUAUUACUCUGACUCUGGUAACGUGACUUCCUGGUAACGUGUUAGGUAGGAAAAGCAGUAAAAAAGUGCAUAUUAAGGGAGCAGAUUUGAAAUAAUAUUUAUACUUAACAAGAAAUAAUUAAAGGUUCAAUGGGGAGACCUAAAGAUUUACGCAUAUGGGAGCACUACCGUACUUUACCAAACAAGUCUGUUUCUUGCAAGCUUUGUAAUAAGGUCUACAAAUUCAGUAAUGCUGCCAAAAUGCUUCAACAUCUUAUCACUUGUCCAAAAUCUCCAGAAACAUUAAAAGACUCUAUGAAACUUAUAAAAGAUAGCUCGUCCAAAACCAAAAUGUCUGGACUGUCAGAGAUAGAGACAAAUGAUUCUUUUAUAAGCCCCUCGUCGUCUGCUAACACUACAAUAAAUGCUGAGUUUCAAGACACCGAUGAUCAUAUAAAAACAGAAUUAGCGAGAGCUAUAUUUGUAACAGGGACGCCAUUAUCGAUGGUGCAACAUCCUUUAUGGAUACAAUUUUUCGAAAAAUUGCAACCAAAAUUUAAAAUACCUUCACGUAAAGCUUUAGCGACAAAAUACUUAGAUAAAAUAUAUAGAGAAAUGCGUUUUGAGUUAAAUGAGGAACUAAAUGCUUGUAGUUACUUACACCUUCAGUGCGAUGGCUGGUCUAAUUUAAGAAAUGAAGGAAUAAUAAACUUUUUUAUAUCAAAACCUCAACCUGCAUACGUUAAAAGUUUGAAUACAGAAAGUAAUCCUCACACUAGUGAAUACCUUAGCCAAGAAGUUGAAAAAGUAAUGAAAGUGUAUGGAGCAAAUAAGUUUCUUGUACUUAUUGGCGAUAACGCUAGAAAUAUACAAAAGGCAUUCGAAUUAACAAAACUCAAAUAUCCACAUGUUGUUCCUCUCGGUUGCUGUGCACAUAUCCUUAACUUGUUGUGCCAAGAUAUUGUAAAGAUACAAGAAGUAACUGUGUUUAUUAUGCAAGCCAUAAAUAUAAUAAAAACUGUUAAAAGGAGUCAACGAUUAAGUUCCUUGUUGAUAAAAUCAAGGCAGGGUGAAGAUUCUACACAAACACUAAAAUUGCCUUGUGCUACAAGAUGGGGAAGUCAUGUUACUUCGUUAAAAAGUUUGAAAGCAAAUAAGAUAGCUUUGCAAAUAUUAACAGUUAGAGAAGAUGUGGUAAUUUCAAGAGAUAUUAAAGAUUUAAUUCUAAGUGAUGAUUUCUGGACGAAGACAGGGGAAUGUAUAAGUAUUUUGGAACCAGUCACUGAAAGCAUAUUUUACUUAGAGAGCGACCAGAAUCGUUUGCAUCGCACAUACAUUACAUUUAGAGAUGUACAAGCUAAUAUACGUUUUGCAUUAAAUGAGAUUUCGACAUUGAGCGAAGAAAGCAAACAGCAGAUUCUAACAUCAGUAUCUUCAAGAUGCAAUAUGGCAAUGAGGCCAAUACAUUUUGCAGCAUAUAUUCUAGACCCCAGGACUCUAGGAGUCGAACUUACUCAAGAGGAAGAACUUAAGGGUAUGGAGUUUAUCUACAAUUUAAGCCAACACUUAAGUUUGUCAAAUGUAAUGGCAGAUUUGGCGUGUUAUAAAGCUAAAGAAAACUUUUGGGCCAGAGGAUUUGUAUGGAGCUCAUUAGAUAGCAUUGAGCCCCUAAUAUGGUGGAAAGGUAUUUGUGGUUCCACUGAGUUAAGCAAAGUAGCGAUUCGUAUUCUAUCAGCUCCCUGUACUUCGGCAGCCACUGAGCGUUCCUUUAGUAUCCAAGGCUACAUACAUAAUAACAAAAGAAAUCGACUUACAACUGAAAGAACUGAAAAAAUUUCAUUCAUUUGUUAUAACUGGAAUCUUAAACAUAAAGCUGAAUGCGAGGACAUUCAGUUUAAUGAAGAAAAUACCUUAGAAGCUUUCAUUGAGCAAGUAAAUGAACAUAACAGUUUAGACGAAAUAGAGCCUAUCGAACCUAUACAAUUCAUCGCUUGUAAUAACUCUGAAUCUGACAGUGAUUGACUGUAGUUUUACAUUUUACUUUCAUCUCUUUCUUAAUAAACUCAAAAUCAAAUUAAAAGUUUUUUAUUCUGUAGGCUGCAUAAUAAUAUUGUCUAUGUCCAGUAUAGUGGACGUCUUGCGGCUGAGAUGACGAUGAUGAAGUACAAAAUCAUAAACACCCAAAAAUUUGGGUGUUUAUGGGGUUUAAACCCAAUAAACCCAAAACACCCGGUUUUUACCCACCAGACUUUAAACCCACCCAGGUGGAUUGCCCAUCUCUA